AUGAAGAUUCUAACUUUCUCCCUGCUAUUUUUGAUUCCUGCUCUUGUCAUUUGCUUCCUACUAUUUUCGAUUCCUGGUCUUGUAUUUUCAACCAAAUUUUCUUCACUUAGGGAUUAUAACGGAGAAACUCUAGAUCAAAAUCCAUGUUUGUGUCAAAAUAGGGUCGGCGUCAUAUAUGAUGCUAUCUAUACAGAAGAAGAUAUCGGAAAAUUAAUUGAGAAAAGUAAGCCACUUAUUCGAAAAUGUAUUAACGAAAUGGCAAAAGUCAACCGAAAAAUUCGUGGAUCUGAAGACUAUCUCAUUCAUAAACUUGCUGGAUACACAGUAAUGGAAGCACGUUUUGCGAGCUGUGAACAAAAAUUAUUAUUGUCGGAUGAAAUGAGUGUAAAAAGUUGUAAAUCGACUAGAUACUCGAACAGUAUAUGCAAGCGUCAAUUGGGAGAAGAUGGAUGUAUGUUUAAAAUUAUGAAAAAACAUUGUGGACUUGAAAUAACAGCUAAACGACGCGAAUUUCUUGAAUUUAGGUAUGAAAGUUACAAAGAAUGUUUUGAGGAGUUUGAGAAAAGACAAUUGAUGGAUUGA